AAAUGAACAUGAAUUAUAAAAAACCAUUACAGGAUUGUGGUCUAAUACAGUGCCCCAAUGGCACCACCUGUUGCUGCCGUAACCCUUGUCCGGCCACUUGUGACGACCCGUUUCCCAACUGUUGCGAUACAAAAUGUGUGCUAAAUUGCGUUACUUCUACCACCAUGUGCAAAAAUGGUUGGGUUCUAGAUAAGUAUAAUGGCCGUUGCAUGCCACUCGAAUGUUGCCCAGUUUUGCGCAACAUACAUCUGGCUCGAUGUCAGGCCCCAUUAAAUGGUCAGUGUUUGGGCGGUCCUAUGGAUAGUAAUGUCACGUGCGGUACAUUAGCGCCCGACGUGUGCGGCUGUCCAGCCCUAUCCGAUACGCCCAAAGGUUGCCUACAAAGCGCCUGUCAGUGCGCGCCCGGCUAUUGGCGCCGACUGUCCGACUGUCAGUGUGUGGAGAAACCCGAUUGCGAACAGUGUGUUAAUUAUGGUAGUUAUAAUCCAUUGGGCAAAUAA